AUGGCAUCGACCAACGUUGCCUCGAUGGAGGUAUCCAAAGAGGACAUCGCGAUGGAGCUGGCCUGCUCGUUCGUCAAGAAGUACAACAUCAAUGCUGAGGCAAUGCUCAAACUGGCCGACCACCUUGAUGAGAAGGAGGUCAAGAGCCAGGUUCCCAUUGUUUCAUUUCCCAAGCUUGUCGAGAUGCUUCUUGAUGUCAACCGCGAGGUCCCCGGUUGGCUCACCGUUUCCGAUGUCAGACUCAAUCACUACACUUCUCUACAGUUCCGUAUCAUCAUCAAGGUGGUCGAGGCUCGCUACUGGCUUGGAGAGACUGAGCAGGUUCUCGAGCACCUCUUGACCUGGAGGAUUGUCUUUGCCCUGCCGCGAAACGUCCAUCGUCAGAUGAUGAGCAAGAAGGAUUUUCAGACGAUUGGUUCUUGGAAGGUCUUUGAAUAUCACCAUUAUUCUUUUGGCAAGGCCAUGCUCCCCUACUUUUACGAGGACAUGCCCGACUCCUACAAGAGCCUCCGCGAGACUUACUUCCCUGAUGGUAUCGAUGAUGCUAUGCCCGCUUUUCGCAAGCACGAGCUUCAGGCUAGAGCUGCAAUUAUCAAGCUCGAGAAGCGCAUCAAGCUGUUGAGGGAUGCCAAGGCCAUUACCGAUGACUGCUCUCUCCAGACAAAGUCUCACCGCAUGAUGUUCGAGACGACCAAGGCCAUCAUGAAGACCACUUACAUGGCCGACCGCUGGGAGCAGUUCACCAAGACUCAGAAGGAGUACUACCAGCUGCCCGGAGUCGAUGUUGGCCUCCCUUAUGGUGUCAAUCUCCAUACCGACUACGAAACCAACCGAGCUUUUGUAAUUGAGAAUCCUCAGCAGCGCUUCGAGCCUUUUUGGUGGACGGUCGAUGCCCUGUACGGUCCCAUUCGCUGGCGCCCCGGUUCACCCUGGAUCGACUUUCUCCGCAAUAUCCGUCAGGAUCAUCCCGCAUUUCGAACUAUGCGCGUCUCGGACCUCAAGCCCAAGGAAAAGCCUGAUGAGGAGGACGCCGGCGCCAAUGACGACAGCUCCGAUGCCGAUUUACCUCCUGUUGAGGUGCGAAUCCCUGAUUCCGUGGCUUCAUCCUUCAUGUACUACGCCUCCAUGUACCAAUUCUACAAGGCACAGUAUGACGUGAAUGAUCCCAAUGGCGUGACUCGCCCCAUCACGUACACCGACAAGCAGGCUGAGCGAGUGGCAAAGCGCCUGUCCGAUGGCACAGGAGAGCCCUGGUGGAAGGUUUGCAAGUUUGAGGACCCUGACGAGGAAAUGAUCGACAUGGCCAUUCCAGACAUCCACCAAAUGACUGGCCGUCCUCGAUUCGACGCCCUGGGCAACCUCCGCUUCGACUACAUGGGCGCCGUUCUGCGUGAACUCAAGACUGGCAGCCCGGUCUCGUACUACACCCUUGAGCAGAAUAUGGUGACCCAUCGACGCAACUGUGACGAUGAUACACCUUAUGGUGAAGAUUUGCAGUGA